AUGUUUCAGAUGCCCGUGAUGCGGGCGCGGCUCGUGGCAUUGAGCCGCUACGUCACGACGCUGUUGCUACUGGCGUCGUGCCAUGUAGCCACGAGCCAGACGAGCCAAAUCAACUGGGACAGUGACAUCAUUGCCAGUCCGACGGAGGCUGAACUUGCCGAGAAAGAUGCCUUGUCCAUGCAUUUUGGCGCGAGCAAGAACGACGUGACCAUUUUCCCAAGUUACGAAGUGAUGAAACAGAUAGUGGGAGAUUUUGAAGACGUAAAUAAAUCAGAACUGGUGAACCAUGACUAUGCCGCCAUGACAGCUUGGUUGAAGGCGGCUGCAUUGAAUUAUCCCAACAUAACCUACCUCUACUCAGCUGGGAAAAGCGUACAAGGUCGAGACCUAUGGGUACUCAUUAUAUCUGAUAAUCCUAGAGAACACGAGCUUUUGGAACCUGAAGUAAAAUAUGUUGGGAAUAUGCAUGGAAAUGAGGUAGUUGGACGGGAGACGCUUCUGUACUUGAUCGAAAUUCUUUGCGUAAAUUACGGUAAAAACGAUUACCUCACCGACCUGGUGAACAAGCAGCGAAUUCACAUUAUGCCAUCUAUGAAUCCGGACGGCUAUGAGCAUGGCAUUGUUGGUGAUCGAAUCGGUUACCAAGGCAGAAGUAAUGAACAUAAUGUGGAUCUGAAUCGCAAUUUCCCGGCGCUGUUUCCUUCUCAUCGAGAAAUAUCUGGCGGAACAGUCCCUGAACCGGAGACGGAAGCUGUGAUGAAGUGGAUGAAAUCUUACCCAUUUGUACUUAGCGCUAAUUUCCAUGGAGGAUCCUUAGUGACAAAUUAUCCCUACGAUGAUUCAGUGACUGGUCAAGAUACCUAUGCUGCUAGCCCAGACGACAAGCUUUUUGUUGAACUUUCAUAUCGUUACGCUAAAGCUCACACCAGAAUGUGGAAAACAGGACGACGCUGCGGACUUGCUCAAGAUGGAGAUGUGUUUUUGAAUGGGAUCACUAAUGGAGCGGGCUGGUACCAUUUAGCUGGUGGCAUGCAAGAUUGGCAAUACAUAAACACGAACGCAUUUGAGGUCACCGUCGAGAUGGGCUGUUACAAGUUUCCUCCGAAUGAGUUCCUGCCGAAGAUAUGGUAUGAGCAUAAAUUCGCCUUGCUAUCAUAUCUGCAAAUGGCAAAACAAGGAGUCUACGGACUAAUUCUGGACGCCGAAGGAAAACCGGCGCUAAAUGCAACAGUAGCUGUAGAGGAAGGAAAAGUUAUCAAUGCUACGAACCUGGGAGAGUACUGGCGAAUGCUGCCACCUGGUAGACACAGCCUCAGAGUGGAAGCUCCCGGAUUAGAAUCAGACAUUUUUGAAGUGACUCUUGGUCAUGAAGGUGUCCGUCAUGAUUUCACACUGAAUGUUUGCGGUACUCGCUGGGGAAAUGAAUCUGUGUAUUUUCGCGGAAACGGUAACGUUCGUAUUGCUGUCAUUGGCAUUUCUCCAAGCGCAUCCGAAAUCAUACGAGUAUUCUCAAAUCAAACAUGUUCGGGUCAAUUCGAGCUAGACAGGGACAUUCACCUCAUAAUGGCUCCUGCGAUAAAAGCUGGUGAUGCUGUUGAGAAGCUACAACGAUUCAAUCCGGCUGUAGUAUUAGCAAUUUCUGAUGGAUUUGUCGAAGCCAUCACGUUCAGCCCGACUCAGAAUCAGCCCCGUUUGUUCAAUAAGGAUAGCUUGGACAAGAGUCUCACCAAAGCUAUUGGAUUUGGUGAGAACUGCGGGACACCACUACGAGAUGCGCAUCUUGCACUAGAGAUGGAUGAUCUUCGGUUGCACGCUGCGUUCGAGUUAGGUAUAGCCAUGGGUUGCGACAAUUCCACUGACCUGGCUAAGAAAGCUGCAACAGUCGGAAGCGUUGUCGAUAUGUUAAAGAAAACUAUCACUUUGGAUACCGUUCAAGAAUUCUCAGUUGUUCCAUCAGCAAAUCCUAGUGAUCAUUUCACUCCAGACCAAGUCAUUAUGGUGACAAGUGCUUCUAUACCAUAUCUGGAGAACAAACAGUGUCUUUACACGAUACCAACUCCAACUCCUCUUUUGAAAUUAUACCGCAUGGGUAGCGGUCAACCACCAUACACACUAGUAAUGGCGCUUGAAAAGAAGACCGAAACCCUUGUCUUUGAAAUGAUGUCAACCUGGUGUAAUUCGCCCAUAGUAGAGGGAGUGGACAAGAUCUUGAAAGAAUCAACGCUGGUCUUCAUGCCAGAAAUCCCACACACCCAGUUGAAUUGUCAUGAUUACUCGACGCUUGCUCCAUUCCAAGCCUUGGUAAACGAUGUCGUUAGCAUCGUGCCGCAGAUUGACUAUGUGGUCAUGUUUGGAAGUGGAGGAUUAAAGGUGCGGUACAUCGCGUCAAAAGCUGGAGUUGCUGAGAGAAUGGCGAGCGUCUACAGAGCUCAUCACACACAAAUGGCUAUCGAUGGGGAAAAUAUCUGUACUGGAGGUAUAAAAUCUGAGCACAAUGUCUGGGGUUCAUUCGAGUGGGACUUUUCGAAGCCAUGGCCAUUGGCUCCAGAUGCACUUUUUGUACAGACGAGUUGUUGCUACGAAGAUCUAGGAUCCGGACACUUGUAUGCGGAAAAUCGAAGAAGUAUAAUAGCUAUGAUGAAUGAAAGGAUCAAAGGCGUUCGUAUUUUUGGCGAUGAUAAGAAUUUGAUGAUACAACCAGAAAAAUUAGCACCACGAACAAUCAGGUUGACAUCUGAGACGGAAGGUUCCGUAUUUAUUGGCCUUCCAAAUGGCACACACCACAUCGAAGUUUUCAAAGAUGGAAAACUGUAUACACAGUUCAACGCUAAGAUCACAAACUCGUAUCCUAUAACGGAGAAAUGGAUCUAUGUGCAUCGCUCUUUCUACCGUAACAAUAUCGUAAUCGUAGCGACAGUAGUGUUCUUGCUGAUGCUGGCUUGCCUAUUCGCAUGUCGGCAACGUGUAACGUCAGUGCUGAACCGGCGGGGCUUUUUCACGGGUAGUCGAGAAGGAUUCGAACGUAUACCGUUGUACAAAAGUGAUGAAGAAGAUGAGGAUGAUUUGUUUGACUUACAAAAGUUAUGAUACUAAUCUUACGUGUACACUAGUUUGACAAUUUUAGUAAUCAGUUUCUAUUUCUUUCCUUUUUGUUUUGUUGACAAUCUUGAACACUAUUCUCAUUUUGGUUCAGUGCAGGUGAUUUUAUUUAUUUCUCACUAUCUUUGUAAUUUUUUACAUUUUUCAGCUGUGUUGAUCAACCAACUAGUAAUAACUCUUUUGAGACUUGCUUAGUUUACUACUUUGAGACUGAAGUGCCAAGCAAUACCGUGGUGAUAAGCAUAAUACUAUUUAGCAAAUAUAUAGUUUACUGAACCAUAAAAUUGCGUGUACAUGUGCCUUCCCAGAAGAUUGCAAUUAUCCUUUACACCUCUGUAUACUCUCAAAAUUCACUUCAUUGUUUGAUAUUGUUUUACCUGUAUCUUAUGUUGUGAUAUUGUUUGCUAUCUUGAAAGUAAAAGUUUAUGAUUUCA